CGCACACAGACUUAGUCCCACCUUCUUCUCAUUCUCUGUCAGAGAGGGAACAGAUCUCACAGAGGAAGCAUGCAUCUCUACACCAGAGGAGCGCAAAGGAAAACUACAUGAGGGAGGAGGAGCGGCGUUUGACAAGACAGAGAGAGAGACGUCUGCGCGCUUGUUCUGCAGCAAGGGACGCUGAAACGGCAACCUUAAACCCUGACUCCUGCAAAUAAAGCUUCCCAGUCUGAGAACAUGAGCGAGGCGAAGAAAGGAGAGCUGGCCAUCCGGGACAAAGCCAUCCUGCACCAGCAGAGGCGUCUCAAACAGGCCACCCAGUUCACCCACAAGGACUCGGCUGACCUGCUGCCCCUGGAUGGACUCAAGAGGCUCGGCACCUCCAAAGACCUGCAACCCCACAGCAUCGUCCAGCGGCGCCUGCUGGAGGGAAACAUCACACGGCUUCGAGGGGAGGCCCGGGACCCCGCCAGCAGGGUUCGCUCACCGUUGGCCGACACAAAGGAUGGUCCUCCUACGGAUGCCGAGGAGAGGAGUGAGAGCACGGCGGACGACUCGACCGAGGAGAGGGAGUCCCUGGAGGAGAGCGAGAGGAGCCUCCGAUCAGACGAGGAGGACGAUAACAGCGAGGCUGGAGCCAGACACUCAGCCGAGAAGCCAGAGAGCACGGACAGCCCGCCCCGGCUCACAGCUUUAAUCGUUCAAUGCAAGUGCUGCGAAACUGAAGUCAAGGCAUCCAUCAACACUGGCAGCCUACACAACCACAUCUCCACCUCCUGCUGCCAGAGGCUGGGACUGGUGCCCAGUAAGGAUAGUUCACCAUGCAGCGUUAGCAGCUCAGUGACGGGUCUGCAGCUACAGCUUGGCAAGCAGACUGUCCGGUGCUCAGCAGAUGUGAAAGAGGAUGAGGCGUUUGAACUGUGCCUGGGUCUGCAGACGCUGCUGGAACUGAAAUGCUGUUUGGAUCUGAACAGUCGGGUUCUGAAGCUUCAAGGCUGCGGCGAGGAGCUGCCCUUCCUGAACACUGUAACCGGCGGCCAGUGCCAACAUGACACCAACGAAAACCUGUGAGCAGACUCCACAUCAGCUGCCAGGUCUUCUUGUCGUUAGCGGGCUGCAGCUGUGUGAAACGAUGCCCUUUGUCUCCUGGACUGUCCAAUCACAGUGUCCCUCACUGCCAGAACAUGGAUGAGCAUUCACCUCUGUUGUUCUCAAGUUUACAUCUUUAUGAUUAAUGAAUUUCAAACAUGAUUUUCUCUUAUAUGUCUAAUUAAGCGGAGCAAGACCUAAUAUCUGCAGUAUAAUUAUUCUUUUUUUUUAGAUUAUGCGGUAUUUUCUGUUCUGCUUCUUACUAAAAGAGACUUUUAAAGCAAGUUAAUUUACAUAGAAUUGGCUUUGAUUUGGCUUCUACAGAAUUAUUUUAAGCUACACCUCAAUCACAAAUUGAAGAUUUUGUCCAUUUCACUGAUGUAGAAAUGUGGUUUUAUAUGUUAGGAUAUGACAACAAAAGAUUUCUACACUUCUGUUAAAACUCAACAUACUGUAUAACAUAUACACAGGUCUAUAACUAUUGCAGUGUGUUGUUUAAAGUUUCUUUAAAAGUUUAAUUUUUUUUAAAAGGUAAUCUAAUUGAUCGAGCAAAUAAGAGCCUACAUGCACAUUUUGGAUUAAACCAGUGCUUUCCAACUAUUUUAACCCUUCAGGUCCAUUCACCUUUAUAAUCCAAAUUUAUUUACAGCAACUCUUAAGUAUCGUUAACAAUUUAAGUUUAUUUAGAGUGGGCAGAUUUACACAUGUACAAUCGCCUGGGGUGACAGAAGCACAACAUAUCUAUACAUUUGUGGUUUUAAAGCUGCAUUUUAAAUCCAACUGCUUGUCCAAUCUCUAAUUAAAUAAAAAUCGUGUUCAAUA